AGGUCGAUAUCAAUAAGAGCAGAGUCGUUGAAGGGGGGUCUUCACUUCCACCCCACCUUCCUCCCACACAGUGAGGACUUGAGACUGAGUGUGUGAGGGGGAGUGCAGUGUACUGUGCGAGGAAGUGAGGCCGAGGGUGAGUUAUUCAGUGAGGCUGAGCUUUGCGGGGAAGGACUGAAGAGAGGGGGGAAGGGAGUGAGUAAUCAGGGAUUGUGGCUUGCGUUGGGAUUGGAUUUGACUGGUGGUCGGACUUACUGGUUGCGAGUGGCGCAGGAGGAAGUUGGAAGGGAGGGGGAGAGGUUUUUGGGUUCAGCGGAAGUUUUUGAAGCCAGGGAAUGAAUUCGAUUACUGUCGUGAAUGCCUUGGGGCUGCAGUGUUCUGUGAAAGGUGGAGCAUUGCCCAACAAACAUGUAGCGCAGGAUUCAUGGAAUGUUGAGUGCAAAUUGGCUCGCGUCACGAGGCUCCCUCGCUCAACAAAGACAGUUUUUGCUUCAAUUGGAAAUGGGGAUAGUGUUGAUAGCAGGGAACAUGGAACGAGGCAGGCGAUGGUGGAGAAGCCGGAGGCACCAGAAGUGCAACGCUCAAGUGAGGAAUCGGCGUUUAAUUGGAACACUCAGUGGUAUCCCGUUGCAGUUGAGAGGGAUCUUGAUAAAAACUCCCCUCAUCCUGCUACUAUUUUAGGUCGACCCUUGGCCAUUUGGUGGGACAAGUCAACUAGCAAAUGGCAAGUAUACGAUGAUCAGUGUCCUCACCGGUUGGCUCCUCUGUCGGAGGGCAGCAUUAGCGAAGAAGGGCAUUUGAGAUGCUCCUACCAUGGGUGGACUUUCAAGGGUGAUUCUGGUGAGUGUACAGGAAUUCCACAGGCUCCCAAAGAUGGCAAACAGCGUCAUAGAUCGAAAAGGGCUUGCGUAUCAGUUUAUCCCAGCAUGGAGCAGCAAGGCAUCUUAUGGUUCUGGUCCGACCUUUCACAAGGACCCGUCAACAUAGAGGCUGCUGCCAACCCUCCUCCAGUCUUCUCAGAGCUUAGUGAUCCAGAUUUCGGAUACGAUAUAUCAUUACGUGACUUGGAAUACUCGUAUGAAACCUUGAUUGAGAACCUGAUGGACCCGGCACACGUCAACUUCGCUCAUCACAAAAUCCAGGGAAAUCGAAAAAGUGCGGAACCGUUGAAUUUCACGAUUACAACAAAGAUCGCCCCUUCAGGAUUCAAAGGAGAGGAUGAAAAAAGCGUUGAAACCUUCAUUCCUCCUGUUUCUUUCCUGCUGCAAUUUACUUUAGGUGGCAAUAAUAAGCAGCAUAUUCCUGGUACAAAUAUGGAAACUAGGGAGGAAAAGAAUUCGGAGAAGAAAGCGACGAAGCCAAAAAAAGUUUCGCUUCUCUUCCUGUGUAUCCCAGUUUCUCCAGGAAAAUCUCGACUGAUUUGGUCAUUCCCUCGAAACUUUGCUACUUUCUUGUUUAAAAUUACACCACCGUGGGUCUUACACAUGACCAACAACUUGGUUCUUGAUUCGGAUAUGUAUUUACUUCAUCUUCUGGAGAGAAGGUUGCAGGUUGAGGGUCCGGAGAACUGGUUUAAGCGAGCCUACAUACCUACGACUGCAGAUGCUUACGUCGCUGGUUUCCGCAGAUGGUUAAAUGAUUUCGCAGGCGGCUGUCCUGACUGGUCAGGAAGAUUUGAGGAUAAUCUGCCUCCUUCUCCACCUAAACGUAUUAUAUUAGACAGGUUCAAUCAACACGUGGUGAAGUGCAAGUCGUGUAGUAAUGCUUUGAAGAAUUUCAAAGCCUUGGAGGUUGGACUGCAAAUACUUGCAAUUGCUCUGGUGGGUGUGGUGGCAGCAUCCGCUGUUGUCCCUUUUCGUCCGGUAGCAGCCCUCAGCAUACCCCUCGUCAUUGGAGCAGUGGUAUCAACAAUUCUUUCUAAAUGGCUGGCUCAUUUUACAUACAAAACCUUCUACUUCCAUGACUACAAUCACGCUGUUGUGAAAUAGAACCAUAAGAGUAAAGAUAUGAAAAAACAGAUCGGUGUCGGUGUUGAAUAUUGUAGGUUCUCGCAGGUUGUGAUUUUUAUGCUUUUGCAACAAAUUUAACAGUUGAGCUCUCUUAGAAACUUCCCAUUGCAGGGUGUUGAGUGUAUAUUAACAGAUAUCGAUGCUUGUAUUUCAUCUCAAACUUGCAGAUGAUUUUUUCUUUGUGUUCUUCA